UGCAGCUCGCCGCUGGCCGACAGCAGUGGACACAGCAGCAACACUACCAACAUACAUUAGUUGGCGUUCGUGUCAGAAGAAGCUUUCACACAAAUGCUUAUUUUGUGUGUGUGUGUUUGUGUGUGUAACCAGUGUGACGAGGUUGAAGAGCUGAAAGUCUUUCUAGAGCCGCUGAGAAUGACACCGAGAUGACUCACUGGUGGCGUGGACAUCAGUGAUUUGACAGAAGAUGAGGCUCGCUCCGUUCGUCAGACUUGUCAUUGCUUGUAAUGGUUGCUACUGUUGGCACAAACCACACUGACAUGGACAACAAACUAUCGUGAAUCAUGACUGUUGCUUUUUUGCACAUCAGACUUACUAAUGAACUAAACUCCUCAAAUUAAGAUUUAGUUUGUUUUGAAUGGCUCUUGGUUAAUAACCAGUGCUGACAAUGUCGCUGGGUGAGCAGUCUCAAAAGUGGUUUCCGACCCAUGUCCAAGCCACUGUUCUUCAAGCAAAUGGUUUACAGCCUAAGGGCAAAAAUGGCACCAAUGAUGCUUACACUAUCAUCCAGCUGGGCAAGGAAAAGUACUCGACAUCAGUGGCAGAAAAGACGCUCAGUCCAGUCUGGAGAGAGGAAGCCUCCUUUGAAUUACCUGGUCUGCUUUUGGAAGGGAACCCAGAAGUGUAUGAACUCUGCUUCAUAGUGACGCAUCGGUCCUUGGUUGGGAUGGACAAGUUCCUGGGGCAGAGGUCCAUCAAUCUCAAUGAAAUCUUUGAUAACAAGGAGCGAAAGAAAACCGACUGGUAUUCGCUGGAGUCCAAGCCAGGAAAGAAGCGGAAAGAACGAGGCCGCAUCCAAGUCAGCAUCCAGUUCAUGAGGAACAACAUGACGGCCAGCAUGUUUGACCUCUCCAUGAAGGAAAAGCCCCGCUCGCCUUUUUCCAAACUCAAGGAUAAAAUGAAGGGCCGUAAACAUGACAGCGGCUUUGGUGACACAUCUUCUGCCAUCCUGCCACGCUCCGCCGCGUGCGACUCUGAGCCCAGCCGUCAGGACUCCGGCCCAGACCCCCAACCCCAGACCAAAGCGAAGGUCAAGAGACCAUUACUCGCUGGGGCUCAUAAACUCUCUGCAGCCCAUUCCAUGUCCGAUCUCAUUGGAACCCACUUUCGGCCCAAACUGGACUCCAUGAACUCCAUUGAAGAGAGUGGUGGACCGCACAGGCGUUCCCAGAGCGAGGUGCCAGGCUAUCAGGACGGUGAGGCACACAGUGACCCUUUUACUGAUAUCAGUGACACCCUGCCACAGAAGUAUGCCACGCUCCCACGCAACCGCAACCCAUUUGAGGGGGAGCAAGGGCAGCUGUGGGACCGUGCAGAGCGGAAGGAGAAAAAAGAGAAGGUCAGCCUACUGGAACGUGUGACAGGAAAGAAGGAAGGCCGCAAAGGCAACAGUGGGACCAAGUCGGGCAGCUCGGGAGACCUGCAUUCCCCCAACCCCUUUAGUGGAGAGUCACAAGCAGACACGAACCCGUUCGUCUCCAACUACAAAGCCAGUGAUAGAAAGUCAACAGGAAGAGAGGACCUCACCUUUGGCCAAAAGAAGAAGGACAUGUACGGCAAGAAAAAUCAGGUGAGAGAAAGCGUGGCUGCCUAUAGCAACUUGUCCUUUGAGGAAGUUGUGCAGGAACUCAUCAAGCAGAAAGAAGUAGUGAAAAAGAAAGAUGCCCACAUCAGGGAGCUGGAGGACUACAUCGACAACCUACUCGUACGUGUCAUGGAGGAGACGCCGAGCAUUCUGCGGACACCCUAUGAGCCAAAAAAGAAGGCGGGUAAACUCAGUAAAAAAUAGCAAGAAGCAAACAAACAAGAGGAUGAGAAGUAUACUAAGAAAGGUUUAGCGUUAGCUCACGUGUCACAUACGUGAGCUAACAUACGUUAGCUCACGUAUGUUUAAAAAAAAGGGGGGGGGACAAAUGGGAUCGAUCAAGGCCAAAUUCAUGAUCGAGCUAUGACUUUAUUUUAGAACAUUUAACAUUUUUAUUCAAUAGAUUUUUAGUUCAUGCAAGUUUUUUUUUUACCUCUUUGUUUGCCAUUCACAUACAAUCGUUUUUGAUAUUACUUUUCUGAAUAUUUGCUUUUUAUUUUUAGGUACUCAAACAGGAUACAUGGUAUUCAUCAGUUAAUUCAAGCCAAAUCAAACCCAUAUUUUGUGACAGAGAUUAAUUUGAGCUGUAUUGAACGCACUUGUGAACCUCCCGAGGUCUGUUGCACAUGCAGCUGCUGUCAUCUGUUCAGAAGAUCUGUAGUUGCACGUGCAGCCAAAAUUCGUGUUUACCAGAUGCCGCAGUCGCGGUUGUGUGCUGUUUGCUGAAAGACGGUCAAGUGGUUGAUAAGACAAAGCUUUAGGUACUGUGUUUACACAAGUCUUCAACUCGCCACCUAAAACACGACACAUUCAGCAGAGGCAGUAUUUGGCUUUAUUCCGAGUCUCUUAUGCCGAGACGGUUUGCUGCAGAUGUGGAUGAACUCUGCUCUCCUACCCAAUACCCUGAAUGAUUUAUAGGUGUUCUUAGAAAGACUGGAAGACAGUUAUGGUAAGAAGUUACUGGACAGUAUCUGGUUUCUUUACCUUACUCGUGUGUUUUGUUUUGUUUUCCUUUUUGAACAAAUGUACAUCUCUUUUAUUGGUUUGCUGACUUUACAUUCUUUUUUAAAAUCUGUGACGACUAUCAAGUAAUUUUUCUAAUUCACUCGUUGAAGGUAAUUAUUUUACUAAGUUUCAAGUGCAAUAAUCAUGACUUAAGUAUCUUGUGUUAUAUUCUGCUGCUUAUGUUCUUGUUUACAUUUUAAUCACAUCUUUGCGUUGAACUUAUCUCUUAAAAUUGACGUGAUUGGUUUGAAAAGCCCGGGAGCUUUGUGUUACAGCCUACGUGGAUUUACAUGCCUUCAUUUCCUCCAUACACAGCUUUUCCUGAAGAUUGUACCAAGCUGCAGAUGUGGAUAAAUUCUGAACAGGCUUUAUUAGAUAAAUAUGUCACUUCUCAUAUACAUUAUUUUCAUGUAUUUGUAAGGUACUUUAUGGUAAAACGCUAGAGUGUCCCAGUACCACCUCCCUCACAACCUGUUCUACUGUAAUUACACUUUAUAGUUUGUUAAAGGGGCAGUAAGUGAUUCGAAAGCAAUACAAGCUGCAUAUAUUUCCUCACGGUCCAUUAGCUGUCUGCUCUGUGUGUGCGCCGAAAAAAAAUCUGUGUUUUCGUCUCAACCCAGGCUCUGUAAAUCCAAAACGGAACAAAUGGCUCGGGUCACGCCACACAACACUGCGAGUGCAAUUUGUAAACACCACGCAUCAAUACCUUAAGAGACCUGCUAGCGGGUGGCGCUGCAAUUCCACGUUUUUGGCUUAGUGGUUUUGCUUGUCGGAGUCCCGUACCCGAGGUCGCGGCCCGGCCAGAGCAGUAAAAUCACAACAACAACAACGAGAGAAGCAAGCUUUCUCCAAGAUUGCUUACUUCCCCUUUAAAAAAAAAAAGAACACUCAUGUAUUCAGGACUUACUGGUACACUUUUUAUACGUCAUUCGCAUUAGCAUUUAUAUGUUUACCAUUGAACUGUUGCUCAGUAUAUUUCAGCAAUUUUUAUUUAUUUUUUUCAUCAAAACUGUCCAAAUUUACACAAGUUGCAAGUGUCUUUAAGUUCACUGAGGAACACUGAGAAAACAGCCGCAGGGCAUCGUUCAGGUCACUGACAGCCGACGUCAGACGUUAACAAUGUCCUCAUUUCACAGGUUUGUCUCGUCUUAUAUCUCCUCGCCAUCUAUGACGCUAAUGCCGUAACGGCACGUUACUUCCAUGUUGAACAAAGCUCCGUUAUAUUGUAAAUCAGUUACUACUGAACAAAUGCUCUGGUGAGCUAAGGAGCAGCUGUCGCAUCACACUACUGGUACUAAAAUGCACUACAUGACUACUUUUUAGAGAGAAAGAGGCCAUUCCCUGAACGUGUUCUCAUGGUAGAUGUCCAACUAUAGUAUGGUCACUUCAUGAUGCUUACUGUAGAUUUACAUUUUGAAUUAGCUUAUUCUUACUUAAUGGAAAGCAGCUUAAUGAACAGUGUUAAAUAUGCUUUUUACUAUCAUAGUAACAGUCCUUUACUCAAAGUUCCACACCAUUUUUAAUGAUAUAGCUAAGAUCUUUAUUAGAUAACGGUCCACCUUCUACUGUUGCCGGUAUUAGUUCAGAUUUUUUAUAAUCUGUUUUGUAAUUACUGCCCAAUCCCAAAUCUUCAGAUUAUUUGACCUUCACACUGUAUGAUACCAAGUCACAGGUCAGACAUAAGUGCUACACUUGCUCUAUGGGAAAUUUUAAGUUUUCAUGAAUGUUGCAAAUCUCAGAAACACAUUUUGUCUUGUGCUGAUUGUAAUUAUUUUCUGCUGUUCUUUCAUCUGAAGGUACAUCAUCUCUUUUACGGACUUGAAGCUUAAAUCUCGUUACUGAAUAUAUUCCGGUCGGGUUUGAAAUGUAUCCUUUUGAACUGUAUAAUGCUAUACAGUACACUAACCAGGCCAAUUGAACCUUGCUUGCCUUUGAAGUGUUUGGUGUAUCCAAAGAGAUCAUUUCAUGGGUGGAAUUCAUUUUUUUCCCUUCUUCUCUCUCUUCUUUGUGUUUAGUCGAACAAAACUCAAGACAACUAUACAAGAAGUUACUGUUGACGCAUAACGUUUUGUGCGAUGAUGUGACACAAAUGUUGGGGGGAAAAAAUUGUUUUUAUUGGAACAGUAUGAUUUGAUUUGCAUAUAUUUUGUAAAGCCAAAACAUGUUUGAAUCAGUUUGUAAAUCGUGAGUAUUAUGAUUCUAAUUAAGAAGAUGUGUGGACAAGAAUCUGUUUUCCAUUAUGGAAAAACUUCUCACUGAAUGCCUUCCUAUGUGUGUUGACGUGUAAAAUCUCUUGUCUACUCAUGUUACAGGCUUUACCAACUGCUUCGACCAGUUAGCCAGUUGUUCAUGGACCUUUACCGAGCUGUUCAUUCUUAAAAGCCACAUUGUGCAUAGUCACUUUGUAGCAUUACCCUGUUUGACUUUUUGCACACUGUGCUAUAGAAUAUUUGAAAAUGUGCUUCCUGGGGGGUUUAUUCUGAUUAUUCAAAGUUAAUUGAACUGAAAUUUCAAAAGUGGGAAUAAAAGUAUAAAACUGGAAAAAAAAAAAAAUAUUCACCACCCAUCUUUCAUAAACUGACAUUUGCAAACUGUGAUUUAAUUGUGAUACUCAGGCUUUUUUUCCCUUGUGUCACUACAGAUAGCAGAGCAUACAUUUCUGGAAGUGAUAUUUUAGUUUAUGUCAUAUUGUGCAUCCUAAGAGAGGAUGAAGCAGCUGGUUUUACACCAAUGUUUACUAUGUUCCGGAAAAGCCCAUUGCUUUUCUUGAAUGACGAAAUGACAAAAGAUAAGGUCUGAGAACAUUUGAUUUUGAAUACAUUUGGUCCCUGAGGUUAUUUAUCUUAAAUGAAAAAUGAGGGGUGAGUACUUCAAAUUAAUUAAUUCUGCCCGCCACUUUUGUUCUUUUAGCUUGAUGCUACAUUUGCUUUAUGCUUUAAUAUCAUUUGGUGCUUUAGUAGAUGUCAGUCUGAAACACAAAUCUGAAUGAAAAGCAUUUUCAAAUCAUUUUGAGCACAACGGUGCUAUGUAAAGCAGUGCAUUGCGCACACACAAAAAAGGAGCCUCCAUCAUCUUAGUUCUUCCUUGUCUCUUUGCAUAAUAUUUGUCAUACAAUUAAUGGCAGUCUUUGAAUAUGUAAAGCACUCAACAUGCUUAGAGGCAAACAUUUCCUAUAGAAUUUGGCCAUGGCUCUUGUUAUAAUUCAAGUUUGCAUAGACAGUGUUGCACAUGCUUUAAGUAAGUGUAGGUGAGUGUCCGCCCCAUUGCAAAAAAAACAAAACGGUGCAACCUAUGGUGAUAUAUAUAUAUAUAUAUAUAUUAUUUUUUUCCCCGUGUUGACGAAGCAUGCAUUGAACCUUUUGAAGAAGAUGACAUAAAGCUGAAGUCGGAUCUCACAAUCCUCCUCCGGCAGUCUUUUUAAGUCCUUUACUGAUAAUAUGAUGCUGCUUGCCAUAGGCCACAUACAGCUGCCAGACACUAAGACUUAAGCCCCGGCUAAAUCCCCUGACGGUGCUUGUAAUGUGGCACACAGUUUUGAAGGAAAUGAUGACUGUGUUUAUAAAAGAUCUUGCCAGUUAGCAAAGCUUCAUUGAGUUUAAGGAACUGUAUGGAGGCUGGCGCAGAGAGGCCAACACAAUUAAACAUGUCCUGAGCUUAGUGCUGCAUCGUGGUGAAGACCUGAAAUGAAAUAUUGAUACAAACAUGGUAUCUGCUGCUGAAGGCAGUCGAUGUGUACCGAGCCUCAUUCAGGUUCAGGCCUUGUAAUGUAACAAGAUAAACUAAAUGUGUGUUUGGAAUAUUCAGUUAAUGCUGCAUGUCAACCACAUUUUUUGAUUAUUUAACAGACAUUGGCAUUUUGCUGAUAUAGAAACCAUUAAUUCAACUAAAUUGGGAUCAUUUUCACCAAACCCUCAUCACACAACCUUGUAAUGUAUUUAACUCAGAACUGUAAUGUGUGUGAGUCAGUUAACAAAUGUACAUUUAUCAAAGAGCUUUUGUUUUGUUCAAUAUUUUCCCAUAAUGGCCAAUAUGCAAGACUUUCAUACCUGGAUGUUUGUUGACAAGAAUGUAUGGCUUUUAUAUUAUUGUAGUUCUGGAAACACACUGGGGUCUAGGUGAUGUGUUAUGAUAACAGUGUAAUGCUGUUAAUAGUGAUUGUAUGUGAAGUGCCAAGAAACUCACUAAUGCAAGAAUUUGAUGUUUCUCUCAAUAUUCACUCACUCUCUAUGUUCUAUAGUUUACAGUUCAUUAUGAUUAAAUUCCGAUGUUUCACUGAAUGUAGUUUGAAA